AAUGAAGAAGGCUUAAAGAUUGGUUAAUGGGAGUAUAUAGAUAUUGAAGAGAAGAAAAAGAUAGGUGAAAAUAAUUAUGAUUAUUGAAUAGAACACAGAAGAGAAAUGA